UCUAAUAUGAACGAUCUUCAUGCAGGUUGUUCAGCAAAAGGUCAACAUUGUGACCUUUUGCAAGGCAUUACGUUUAUCAUCAUAAUGAAAUGAAUGUCAAAAAUGAAUGCUGAAUUUUGAGUACUGAGAGUACUGACUGUAACACAAACACAUUCACUCACUGUUGCCUGAUCACCUGGUAUUGACUUAGCUGCUAAAUAAACUAGAGCUGAAACGAUUAAUCGAUUAUUAAUCGAUUACAAAAUUAAUCGACAACUAUUUUGAUAAUCGAUUCAUCGGUUUGAAGCUUUUUUCAUAAUUAAAACAAGAUUUCUGAUUGUUUAAGCUUCUUAAAUAUGAAUAUUUUCUUCAUUUCUUUGCUCUGGAUAACAAAUUAAUCAUUAAAAGUCAAUCAUUUUGGUUUGUGGACAAAACAAGACAUUUGAGAACAUCAUCAUUUCCAGGUUUGACGAACACCGAUCAACAUUUUUUAUGGUUUUCUGAUAUUCUAUGGACCAAACGAUUAAUCAAUUAAUCGAGAAAAUAAUCGACAGAUUAAUCGAUUAUGAAAAUAAUCUUAAGUUGCAGCUCUAAAAUAAACUGUGCAAAAGAGGAGGACGACCUGCAGGGGAAAGCUGCUAAUUUGUUUUGAAUGUUCUUCUUUUUGCGCGUUGAUAGACGUCAGAAAUUUCUUUUAAUGCAGUUUUAAGAAACGUUUUUCUUUUACCAGUUAACACUACUUUGUUGGCUGUGUGGACAUUUCUGUGGAACUUUUCAUCAUUGUUGGGUGAGUUCUAUAUGAUGUCAAAUAUUUGUCAUUUAAAUUUUUGGAACAUAAACGAUCCUGUGAUCUUAUUUCAACCCGGGGGCAAUAUUUUUGUGUAACUCAACUCUUUUCCUUCCACUACAAAUGACGAGUUGGAAAUACUGACUGGCGUGUGACAUGAGCGUUUACAUUAGUAUAGGCAAUUAUUUUUCCAGUUUUCAUAGUUGAUGGACAAAUAUGAAGGCUGAAACUCGUUCCACAAAAAAGGGAGGAGCAUAAAGUCUAUUUAUAAUGCAGGACAUGGAGCGUUGUGCCACAUAACUGUGUGGUCCUCAGAGUAAUCAGUCAUGGGACUCCUGCUCUCCAUAUUUAUUGGCUUUCUUGCCUCUCUGAUCGGAGGACUUUACCUUCUUGGGGUGUUUCGAAGGCGCCAGCCAGGAGAGCCCCCUUUGGAUAAGGGGCUCAUCCCUUGGCUGGGUCAUGUCUUGGAGUUUCGCAGGAACACACUGAAAUUCAUCGAGAGGAUGAAGCAAAAGCAUGGCGAUGUAUUCACAGUACAGCUGGGAGGUUCUUAUAUCACAUUCCUUCAGGAUCCUCUAUCGUUUGGACCUUUUGUAAAAGAGAGAAGAGAAAAACUAGACCUUAACAAGUUUGCAAGGCAUCUUGUACGCAGAGUGUUUGGUUAUGAAGCUGAAGAGGAUGAGCACCACAUUCUCCAAGUCUCCAGCAACAAGCAUCUCAAGGGAGAUGGCCUGAAGGUACUGACACAAGCUAUGAUGGCUAAUUUACAGAAUCUGAUGUUGCACAGAAUCGAUGGAGCUGCAGACAAAAGCACCUGGAUAGAGGAUGGACUCUUUAUGUACAGCUACAAUAUUCUUUUUAGGGCCGGCUACUUGUCUCUGUAUGGCAAUACAGCCCCUGAGUCAGAAGGAAGUGAAGAGAGAUCGAAAGAGAAAGAUAGAGCUGAGUCAGAAGCCUUAUUCUCUGAAUUUCGUAAAUAUGACCAACUCUUCCCUAACCUGACCUACGGGGUGCUCACACCCAGGCAGAGAUUGGAGGCAAAGAGGCUGAUGGAACUUUUCUGGAAUGUUCUAUCAAUGCAGAAGAUGAGGCUCAAGGACAACAUCAGCCACUGGAUUUGGGAUAUGCAGCAGUUCAGAAAUGAGAAGGGUAUGAAGGAGUCAAUGAUUGACAGGUAUAUGUUUGUGCUUCUUUUUGUCUCUCAGGGCAACACAGGGCCCGCCUCCUUCUGGCUGCUCCUCUUUCUCAUGAAACACCCAGAGGCCAUGGCAGCAGUAAAGGAAGAGGUAGAUAGGGUUGUGAAGGAAUCAGGACAGGAAGUCCGACGUGAUGGUCCUUUAGUCGACCUGACCCACGAAAUGCUGAUGAAAACACCCAUCCUGGACAGUGCUCUGGAAGAGAGUCUCCGACUCACUGCUGCACCCCUCCUCACCAGAGCUGUGCUUCAGGAUAUGACUCUCAAAAUGGCAGAUGGUCGUGAAUAUUUCAUUCGUAAAGGUGACAGAAUGGCAAUGUUCCCUUACAGUGCAGUUCAAAUGGACCCAGAGAUCCACCCUGACCCAUGUUCAUUCAAAUAUGACCGCUUUCUCAAUCCAGACGGGAGCAAGAAAACUCAUUUCUACAAGCAGGGGAAGAAGGUGAAGUACUACAACAUGCCCUGGGGUGCUGGGGUCUCAAUGUGUCCUGGGCGUUUCUUCGCCUCCAAUGAAAUGAAGCAGUUUGUUUUCCUCAUGUUGAUCUACUUUGAGUGUGAGCUGAAGAAUCCUGAUGAGAAGAUACCUGAAAUUGACGACGGGAGAUGGGGCUUUGGAUCCAUGCAGCCUGUCAGAGAUGUUCCGUUUCGGUACAGACUCAGAGAUUAAACCAAUUUGAUAGGUUUGGGUUUAUCACUUUGUAUGUUACAGCAUGAGUUUAAAUAUGUUCUUAUAUGAAGUAUUCAUUACAUUUAUCAUCAUAAUAAAAUGAAUGUUAAAAAUGAAUGCUGAAUUUUGAAUAUUGACUGUGUAACACAAACACAUUCACUGACUCGUGCCUGUUUGUUGCAGCAUGACCUGGUAUUGGCAUAGCUGCUAAAAAACAAUGUGCAAAAGAGAAAUAUUCAAACCUGGACUAAUUUAGCCUGUCUAACUCAUAUUCAGGUUUAUAACUACUUGUGUUUGCUGCUCACAUUAAAAUAUUGCAUGCGACAAAUAACUGGUUAAAGAUUUUUUUUUUUUUAUGUCAAGUGAUGUAUAACAGCUUAAACAGAAACACGGUCCUGUGAAAGAUAAAUGAGCCAGUAAUAAAAACAUGGUUCUUAACAACAUAAUAAUGACAGUGACACUGUUACAGCAAUAAAUGUAAAUCUAAGAAUCAUAAAAUAGGUGUUGACAUGAUCUAAUCCAUGGUUUCUAUCUGAUUUAUUUGUGGACAGGGG